AUGAAGUGGAAUAAUUCGGAUGCUAAAUGUUUGAAGAUCAGAGUAACACUGCAUGAGUCUGAGUUGGAGUUUAACAUAUCGCCUAAAAGCACAGGAAAAUACCUCUUCGAUCUAGUCUGCAGUACAAUUGGCUUGAGAGAGACGUGGUAUUUCGGAUUACAAUUUUAUAGCUUCUUUCCAAAUGGAAGAAUGCAACUUUCUCACUGGCUUAAAUUAGAUAAGAAGAUUGUUUCACAAAAACCAGAAGAUAUCUCUAAGUCUCUUUGCUUCUUUUUUCACACCAAAUUCUUUCCUGAAGAUGUUGAACAGGAACUAAUACAAGCUACAACUCGUCGUCUGUUCUAUUUAAGUGUCAAAUCCACCAUUUUAAAUCGAAGCGAAUCCAAUAUGAAUGGAAAUUGUUUUGGCGAUCUUUGUCCGUCCCUCGAUGUGGCUAUUCUUCUUGCCUCAUUGGCUUCUCAGGCAGAAUACGGUGAUCUUUGCGAGGAAGAGCUUAGUGAUGCAGAGGAACUCACAUACUUACCACGCCGUAUUCUCAGAUUAAUCCCAGCUCAACUAUGGACCCAAAUACAGUCCACUCAAGGUGUAACACAGAAGUUUCGGGAACAUUAUAAAUCCCACAAGGGAAUGAAUCGCGACAAGGCGGAACUUCAGUAUCUCAAGGUAGCCCAGAUGCAUAACCUUUUUGGGGUGGAUUUUUUCCCUAUUGUCUAUGCUCGGAUGAAGUUUCCUCGAAAUUUAAGCGCGACACAGAACGAAUCAACUCUUUGGGACAACACUAAUCAAUGUCACACAAAUGCUUGGCUUGGUGUUACAGCAGCAGGUCUUCAACUGUAUGGAAAGUGUCAACGUGAUCCACCUCAAUUUACAUUUCCUUGGAAUAUGAUAAAAAAUGUUUCAUAUCGCGAACGCAAAUUUACGAUCAAGUUGACCAGUACCUGUCGUGGAACCAACAAACCUAGUCAAAAUACAUCUGUCCCUACCUUAUUGAAUGAAACCAGAGGACCAGCUGUUAUUUCAUCAAAAGCAAGUCAGCCCAAUCGUAGUCCUCUUAUUAGUAUCACAGGCCAAGCUUUUGUUGGUGUUGCUGUAGGUUCUAGUGCAGGAGGUAGUGGGACGUCUGCCGCAAGCUUACCUAGCACUCCAAUAUCAGCUCGUCUUAUCCCUUCAGUUCCACCUGUUUCUCCAAAUUUACUUGAUACGUCUGUUAACCUUUCAUCUCCAAGAGCUGUUUCCAAGUUUGAAUCAUGCGAAACUGCACAACAACUGGGUGCUUCAAAAGGCUUCAAAGGUCGUGCUAAAGUUCUUGAACUAGGUUCACGCUGCAUUCCUGGUUUAUCAAUCAAAUCCUCUCGUUACUCUGCUAAUGAAUUCGCAGUUACUAGGACUAGUGUGAAUUGUCUUCGUGGCCCUAGGGUUCAGUCUGCGGAAAACAAUGUCUCGCUGCCGUCGAAAAGUUUGCUUAAAUCGUCCAAUCUGAAUUCUGAGACUGUAUUAAUCAGUGUUGUUGAAGUUUGGUUGGCAGACCCAAAUCAAGCUAAAACAGUUAUGUCUAUGUGUGCUGGUAACCACUCACUGUUCAUGAGACGUCGUCAGCCGGAUAGCAUUGAGGUCCAGCAAAUGAGAGCACAAGCAAGAGAAGAGAGAGCCAGACGAGAGGUUGAAAGAGCACGACUGGCAAAAGCACGUGCAGAAAAAGCUGAGGCUUUAGAAGCUAAAUCAGUUUUAGAGGCUCGGUGUGCUCAACUUGAAGAGGCACUAAUACAUCAGCAAAAGCGCCAAAACCCUUACACCUCUGAUAACCAUAAUCGUUUGAUCAAUACCUACGUAGCCAAUUCGACCUCCACUCAUACUUCUCAAUGUAUAUCCACUCAAUACAACUGUAAAGUUGCUUUCAGUCCCACGAGGAAAGAAAAUCAAAAAGACGUUGAAAUGGAUGGUAUGCAUAUAUCCCGAACGUUGAAUGACGAUGAUGAUGACCAGAAAUCUAUUUCUAAUCCCACUGUAGAUAAUGAUAAAACUACUAGUGAUAUGAAUGGUGACCGAUGUGGCAACUACUUUGAUGACUAUAGUUUCUAUCCACCAGUAACCAAUUUGGAUGGAUACCCAGUACAUCAUGGAAAAUCUUGGGAUGAUGGUAUUCAGAUAGACCAAAAUAAUUUGGUUUAUACUGACCCUCUAUAUCCAAACAUUCCAGCAAAUUCCUUCCCUGUCUAUUCUAAGUAUACUGACCAUCGAUUUGCUCCGGGUUCAGUAUCUGUUCCUGUAACACCUCACGUUAAACGCACAGAAGUGAUACUCGAUCGGGGUGCAGAUUAUUACCUGCAGUCAUCCAUGUGGCCGUUUGAGUCAACUAGUUGUCCAGUAGAUCUACAUAGCGAACAUUCUGUUUAUAAGACUCAGUCGAACAAAAAGGUGGUUGUGUAUCCAUCUUAUUUGGUUACCAAUCUCGGUCCAGUGUAUUCUGAUGGUGCUUUCUGUGGUAUUGCCAUUAAAUCUUUAUUGUCUGGAAAUCAUUGUCUAACUGGUGAAAUACCAGUAGUAUCUGUUGGGGAUUCCAUUUCCAAGGAACCGGAAACCUCCUUCUCUCCGUUUGUUAUUGUCCCAGGUAGCUUGCCUGCUCUUCACAAUGAUGAAGUUUUAAAUUCAAAAUCUCGUACCAGACCAACAGAUGUCUCUCAUUGUAAUCAUAAUCCGUGUUCUUGUGCAGUAAUGUCAACUGAACACCAACCUCCGACAAUCUGUUACAUACACUCUCCACCUCAAACAAUUAUUCGUGAAGUUUCUUAUACUGUACCAACGAAUGUUCUGAGACACCCACAGUAUUGUACACCAAACUGUCAUGUUCAGUUCGUCCCACACGAUCCUGUAGAUCGCAGCCAAUAUAUGUAUUCGAGUCCAUCUCUGGCUGCAAUACUUUCUCCUAUUGUUACUCAACGUUUGCAUCGUCGAGUUUCCAAUCGUCCACAGCCUAGUCGUGGCUUACAGCGACAGCAAUCGCAGCUGAAAAGCCCAAUAUCAUCUGACUCAGUUCAUAUUCCCUUAAUAGAACGUUCGACAAGUUACAUGCAAAUACCUUACUCAGAAAACGACUGUGGAUUAGCGUCUACAGAGGAGUUUAAUUUGACGAACAAGCACUUUUUAUCCCGCCCUACUGAUCGUGGCUGUUCUUUUCAAUAUCCACCUUGUUCCACAAACGUUCAUUCGAAAUACCAUGACUUUCAGACAGGUCGCAAAUAUCCUAAGGAAGUUUAUCCGAAUCCACUAUUAUAUUAUCAAUUUCAAUCUUCUACAACAAAUGAAUAUCUUCGCCGUGCUGCUAGUCUUGACGUUUCAUCUGGGAAUAAUGAUCUUUUGUGGAAUAUAGCACCUCGUGAGUUGUUAUCUCGAACAAGUGAACGUAAUGAAGAUGAGAAUGUCUAUCUAUUCGAAUCAAAUCCUUCUUAUUCUCAACGCAGUUUCUUAACAAAUCAGUUACAGGAGGAAAGAGCUCACUUUGCAUUCCUUCAAACACAAUUUUCACGCCAGUUGUGUGAUACGUGGGGAUAUUUAAAAGCCGCUCGUGGUCAGCAAGCUGAUAAAUUAUGCGAUUCGGCAACCCACGCGAUUGGAAGUAAUAUAUACAAUAAUCCUUCUUAUGGUUGUGAACUGCGAUGUGAUCCGGCUGGCGCUUCGGAUGGUGCAUCCACUGGUGGUGGCAACAUAUGCAGCAUGUGCGGUUCUAGUGCAUAUGAUGGGCACGAUCAUCUUCACGACACGAGUCCUGACCAUCAUUUCUACGAACCGUACUCACAAUUAAACCAAGAUAUUUCAUCACCUGAUGACUCAGGUGUUAAUAAUUUAAGGUUGAUGAUCAGUGGUGGAAGGUCCGACAACAAAUUAGAAGGCAAUGCUAGUGCGUUAUAUCAAGAAUUGCAGUCUAGUGCGCAGUCACAAUACGCCUAUAUGAACUUAUACACACAGUCAACGAAAGCCUUCUGA